AUGGCUUCGAAUUUCAUGAUUAUGAUGAUUUUGGGAACUUUAGUGUACACAACUUCUGCUCGAAAGCUUAUUGGAUUAGAUACACGCUCAUUUGGAAGCGGAGAAUUAGGUCUUCCUGAUGAUAAUAAUAAUAAUAAUAAUGUUCCACAAGUUAGAGGCUCAUUUGGAGGCGGAGGUGGUGGUGGAGGACAUGUUGGUCCUGGUGGCAUAGACUUCGGAGUAGGUAUUGGUGGUGGAGGUGAAAUAAGUGUACCCGGUGUUGGGUCAAUUGGCGGUGGUGGUGGCGGCGGAAUAGGUGGAGGCAUUGGCCGAGAUGGUUCAAUGUAUAUGGGAGGUGGCGGAGGUGGAGGUAUUGGUGGUCAAAUCGGUAAUGUAGGCUUUGGGGGCGGGCAAGGGUUUGGUGGUGGCCAAAGUUUUGAGGGAAUUCACUAUUAA